GGCUAAACAUACGUGCCGUCAACGAGGUUCGCCAGUUUAAAACAAGACGUUCGAAGAGACUUUACGUUCAUUAAUUUUUCAGUAAUUUUACCAUAACAAUAUUAUUAUCGUAAUCGUUAUAAUCGAAGAGAGAUAUCAUUAUUCGAGAAAAACAUUAACAAAUACGAUCUCAAACAAAACAAUAAUUACUGUAUAAAUCGACUGUAUAAUUACUGUAUUGGUCUCAGCUGAUCUGAUAAGAAACAUACGCAACAUAGUAGACAAAUUUUUGAAAGAAGAAGAAGGAGCAAGAGGAGGAGGACGAGGAGGAGGAGGAGGAAGACAACAGUUUCUAGAGCACAGAAAAAUAAUACAUCUUUGAGUUUUAAUAACUCCAAGAAACAUGCCAUUGAGUUAACUAUGCUAAUUAUUACGAGCUAAUUGUGAUACUAGAGUAGAAAGAAGGAGUAACUCAAAUGCUUGCGAAACUCAUUUGAGAGUAUAACACACAAACAACAUAUAAAAUAACAAGAAAGUUAUAAAUAUUCCAGAUAAAUAAAUAACUAUGGAUCUCGUCUAUAUUCCUGAAGUAUUAACUUAUGGAUCGUUCAGGAGCCCAUUAUAUCAUGAUUUCGAGCAACCUUGGAACAAGAAUUAUUUUGGACAUGACCGAUCGACUACUAGAUGCCAGCGUCUUCAAAAUACACAAAAACAACAAAUAAUACCCCAAGAAUAUCAUCAGCAAGAAGGAAAAAAGACAUCAAAAAACUGUCAUCUAUGCCGGGAAAAUAAGCGACGAAGUCUCGCACUUUACAUAAGAACAAAAUCCAGAAAAAGUUUUUGCCGUGAAAUUCACGAGGAAGUUGAAGAGAUCGAGGAUGAGGAAAAUCAAAUCGUAAAUAACGAGAUAAACAAAUCAAUCGAUAAAACCCAUGACAUUAACGUAUCGUCCAUAAAUAACGAUCAGAGAUUGUUGUACAAAGCGGAAGAAAAGCUUGCAAAUAAAUGCAUGACGCAAAAGUGAAACUUCCCAAAGUUACUCGUGCCGUCCAUUAUUCGUGUGUUAAGAUUUUUUCUUUUUAAAUUCUAAAGACUUCAAUGGAAAAAAAAAAGAAGAAGAAUAAAAGAUAAAGAAAACGUAUUAUACGUAUAAAUUAAAAAAGGAAAAAAAAACAAAGCAUAUUAAAUUUUCGUGUUUACAAACAUCUUCCUUCUCUUUAUCUUAUCAUUAAUUUAAGAGAGAAAAAAGGAUUACGUAACCUCAUUAUUUACACCUUAUCAUAUUAUUAAGAAAUAAUUCUUCAUUAUUAAUAUUAGCUUAUGGAUAUUUAUUCAGCUAAAUACACACCCACAUAUUAUAUGUUCAUUUCCAUAUAAAUCGUAGUUAUAAAAUUGGUCUAAUUUUUCUAUCUUAAUGUUAUCAAUGCGAAUAUAAAAAAGCAAUUAUUUUGUGCCAAGUUUAGCUUAUUCGUUGCCAUUUAAUCGUAUGCGAAAUAACAAAGAUUAUACUAAUUGAUCCUAACUAUAAUAUUUGAUUUAGAGAAUACUGCAAUAAGACUGAAUGAGUAAUAAUCAGUACAAAUAUAUAAAUCUUUACCAUUUUUAAUGAAUCAUAACAAAUGCAAUCAUCCAAUUGCUAUUCUCGACAAUAAUAAUCGAAUUUACAAUAAUUCAUUAUUUCCUUUUCUACGAACUAUAUUAUUAUAUCUCGCGGAUAUUAAACAAAACAAUCAGUACAACUUUUUCAUCUAUAACAUAUUGUAAAUAAGAAAAAUAUCUAAUUCUUCGCAUUUAGCAUUAUUGUUAUUAUCCAAUAAAAUAAUAAAAUAAAAGAAAACCUUUUUUUCACUAUAUUUUUGAGAUGUAACAAAUAUAAUAAUAAACGUUAGAACGUCAUCCGAAAUAAUUAAAGUAGUUAUUUAUAUAUAAAGUAAAAUAAAAAAGUUUCAUACAUACAUACAUAGAUGAAUUGUUAAAAAUAUUUGGAAAACAUUAAAAUUUGGAAUUUAAAGUUAUAUUUAGAGCAGAGAGAGGAAAACAAUACGUGCAGGAACCCAAGGGCGCAUGUGUCGCAUAACACGUGUUCUCAUUUCCAGUUCUCAUUUCGAAACGUAAGAGAAAUAAUAAAUAUCCGAGAAUGAAAUAAGAUAAGCAAACGAUUAUUUUGUUAUACAGUUUUUAAAUAGAAUGAUAAUAUUGAAAUAAUAUCAAUUUUCAAAUGCAUUAUAAUAACAAAAUAUCGAUCAUAUUGUAAAAAGUAAUUGCAAAUGGAUUCGGAAGAAGAUAAAAAAAAAAAAAAAUAAUUAUAUUUCUUAUCGCGUCUAUCUGCGUAUAUUUGUAUUAUCUACGAACUAUAUAGUGAAAAAGUACGUAAAAGGUUCGAAUGAAUCUACGUGAGCGGGCUCACGUAGCACCACCCGGUCGAUGAUGACUAAGACUAAACCGACGAGCAUAAUGCGUCCUUAAUAUCGUUUACAUUAGCACGUCUAUAUUCUUAUAAUCAACUCAAUGAAUUCAAUCACAAGUCAAAACACAAUUAUAUUUUUAUAACCUUUUCUAACUCGAUUUUUUGUUCUCUAUUUAAAGAUUAUGUAAUAUAAAAAGGCUAUAUUAUUUGUACUAUCAUAAUUAAACUUCAGACGAUUAAAUAUUUAU